AUGGAUGCCAUCAUGCUGCAGGAGAAACUGGUGGAACGGCUGCUGUGCCCACGAGUGAGGACGGCCAGACAGAAGGAGAAACAGUAUGUGGGUUUUGCAACUUUGCCCAAUCAAGUCCACAGGAAGUCGGUGAAGAAAGGCUUCGACUUCACCCUGAUGGUGGCAGGAGAGUCUGGAAUGGGUAAAUCCACCCUGGUCAACAGCCUGUUCCUCACAGACCUCUACAAAGACAGGAAGUUACUGAACGCUGAGGAGCGAAUCAACCAAACAGUGGAAAUCAUCAAGCACACGGUCGACAUCGAGGAGAAAGGAGUCAAACUCAAGCUGACCAUCGUAGACACGCCGGGGUUCGGAGACGCCGUGAACAACAACGAGUGCUGGAAGCCGAUCACAGACUACAUAGAUCAACAGUUUGAGCAAUACUUCAGGGAUGAGAGUGGACUGAACAGAAAGAACAUCCAGGACAACAGGGUCCACUGCUGCCUCUACUUCAUCCCUCCAUUUGGGCACGGGCUGCGUCCGGUCGAUGUUGAGUUCAUGAAGGCGCUGCAUGAAAAAGUCAACAUAAUUCCACUCAUUGCAAAAGCUGACUGUCUCACGCCCAACGAGAUAAAGAAGCUCAAAGACAGAAUACGAGAGGAAAUAGACAAGUUCGGGAUCAAAGUGUACCAGUUCCCUGAAUGUGACUCCGACGAGGAUGAAGAGUUUAAACAACUUGACAAAGAGCUGAAGGAGUGCACCCCUUUCGCUGUGAUCGGCAGCAACACGGUGGUGGAGGCUCGGGGUCAGAGGGUCCGAGGACGACUGUACCCCUGGGGCAUCGUAGAAGUGGAGAACCAGUCGCACUGUGACUUUGUGAAACUGAGGAACAUGCUGAUUCGCUCGCACAUGCACGACCUGAAAGACGUGACCUGUGACGUCCACUAUGAGAACUACAGAGCACAGUGCAUACAGGAGAUGACCAUUAAACUGGCUCAGGACAACCGAAUGGAGAGUCCCAUCCCCUUCCUGUCCACUCCAGAUGUGGAAACUGAGAAACUCAUCAAAUUGAAAGACGAGGAGCUGAAGAGGAUGCAGGAGAUGCUGAACAAGAUGCAACAGCAGAUGCACCACAAAGACCAGUGA